AAAAUUUGAAUAUAUUAUCUACCGUCAGUACUAUAAAACCACGUUGGCGUAAAACUGUCGUGCUGAGCUGCUUUACGGCGCUGAUUGUGUCUCAUAACAGUGUGGCGCCGUAUGCUCGGCUGUCCUUGCAGUGAUGUGCAGAGCCUAUGACACCUGUUGAAGUCCACAACGCCUGACAGACACAAAUUCAGUCUGUACAUAAGGGAAAAAAAAAAAUCUCACAACAUGGCGUCUCCCUUCCUCAAGUAUGCGGUGCUGCUCCAGAAGUACCGCACGCCGCUGCUCAUUGCGAGCUGUGGCGGGGUCUUCGCAGCCAACAUGUUCUACCAUGUCUUCCCCGACAUGUCGUACCGGCAGCUCUACCAAGCCUGGCACAAGGGAGAGCCGGUCACCCUGUCUGAAAAACUGGAGGUUGUCUUUCAGCAGGUGUUGAGGGACUAUGGCAUCAGCUCACCCAACAAUUUCUCUGCUUUCGCCUCCUUUGGAUUCCAUCCAGUUGGGGCUGGUGUCCCGUGGCUUCCUUCUGGGGCUCAGAUUGGCAUCCCAGCCAACUUCAACAGUACUACUGAUGACACAGGCGGGAUCACAAACCGCACCAUUUUCAUCAAUGGGAAAACAGUGGAGUGGGACAGUGAUUCUGGCCUCGCUCUGAAGGAGGCGUUAGUGUUUUCCCCUGAGGCACAGAAGUUUGCCAUAGCGCGAGAGGUGGCCCGCCUGGAGUCCGGAGGGCCCAUUGUCAGUGCUGCUGUCGCCCCGUUUUGUCUUGGUGGAGUCUGGGUGUACAGUGUGCUUCUGAAGCAGGUGUUUGGGCUCCAUGCAGGGCCCGUGCUGCUCCGCGGGGCCGUGAACAUUCUGGCAUUGGGACUCGGUGCCGUGUCCUACUUCCUUACCUCGGACACCGUCAGCCAAUGGAUGGACUACAGCUCAGACAGGCGUGCGGCAGGAGUGUCCCACAACUAUGCCAAGGGAGGGGUGGAGUUCUACGAUAAGAUCCUGUCCAGGAACAAGACACUGCGCUCUCUGAUGGGGCCAAAGGGAGAGGAGAUGUACGCGCCCAGUGGCAACUUGUUCCCAGCCCACCUUCUCCAGUUGAAACACGCACCCUACACCUCCAGGAGGGAGGGCAUCCUCAGUCUGCUGAAAGAGGAGAAAGCAUGAACGUUGACAGGGUGGGGGGGGCUGUUGUGUUGAACAUUCAGUUGGAUGUCUUCAAUGGGCCUCAUCUGAGCUAAUGUAAUGGUCUGAUUUAUAUGUAUGACUGUAAAAGACAGUUAUAAUGUGGUAGCAGUGAGAGGAUUUGUGAGCUCUUUUCUCGAGACAUUUUGAGUUUGUUAAAAGUUUAGGAAUCUGCAAAAGACUGAAGCAGACAACCUUUUUCAUGACAAAGAUUUCAAAGUGCAUGAUGCAAAACUCCCAAAGGUCAGUUGAAGCAAGGACUAUUAAGAAGUUAAAAAGUGCUUUAACAUGUUAAUUCAUGGAUGUGGAAUAGGCGCAUACUUUGAUUUUUGAGUCUGAUUCUCAGCUUUGGCCUACUCACUGAUCAAUUACGUGCUUAUUCCACAUCUUUAUUAGUUGAGUCUCAAUGGUCCUCACUCCAGUCAACCCAUGGCAAUUUUGUAUUGUGCACCAUUAAACACUGUCUGAGGUUUACCUCUUGGUUUACUUGCCAAGGGCUGAUGAACUAACUAAAAUGUACCUCAAUAAUUUUUACUGGCCAAAACAAGAAAUAUAUAUUUUUCAUAUAAGUACUUCACUUGACUCUUUCUCUGCUGUUUUGUAUAUUGUAUUUUAUUCAUAAGGAAGGAAUGAUUACAAGACAGCAUUUUGAGAUGUUGAAUGUUGUUAAUUAAAAGUUGGUAGCAUGACUGAUGACUUAUUUAUCUGCUCAAAUCCAUUUUUGACAGCAUUUGGUGCAUUGUAUGUUCUAAUUUGACUCCACGGUAUAAAUAAACAUAUGACAUAACAUAUAUUGCAAGCUAUUGUCAUGAAGAAUCAAAUCUCAUAGCUGUCGGAGCCAGAUAUUGCAACAUAUACUGUCUGUUAAGAAAGUGAAAUACUGUACACCGUUGAGAAUAACCCUGAAAUCCUCUUCUGCUGCUCUGCUUCUAAAAUCAGCACACCGGUUUUCAAAAAUGAUGUGGAGGAACCACAAAAUACAAUAGUACAAAAACAACAAA